AGACACACGACCCCCCCCUCUCUUCAUCCAUCCCUCCCCUCCCACCGUCUCUCUAUUCCAUCCACUCUCUUUUCUACAACAAACAUGGCCGCGAAAUCAGACGGCACAGCCGUGUCUUUGCAGAAUGACAUUCCGCCGACGUGCCUCCCCGCUCCGGAGAAACGCACGCCCCAGAAGGAGCACUCCCUCCUGGACUGCUGCUGGACCCUAUGCGCCCUCUUGGUGUUUUUUUCGGACGGUGCUUCGGACCUGUGGCUGGCUGCCGACUACUAUCUCAGGCGGGACUAUUGGUGGUUCGCGCUGACACUCGUUUUCAUCCUAAUACCGUCUGUGGUGGUGCAGGUGCUCAGUUUUAGAUGGUUCGCGUACGAUUACUUGGACGCGAACGGGAGCGGCACGGCCGCGGCUGCUUUGGUGGCGGCGUCCAACGCGGAGGCUCAGUUCAGCACCAAGGACAGCGAACAACGGGGCGCUGGCCGGUCUGCCGUGAUCACCGGAACCCGGAGCAGGACCGACGCGUGCUGCAGAGUCUGCGUGUGGCUCUUUCAAUGCAUCGUCCAUAUACUUCAGCUGGCACAGGUGUGGAGGUAUGUUCAUGCCUUAUAUCUGGGAGUGCAAAGCCGCUGGCGUGGACACCAUGGACACAGACAUUUCUACUGGCGAAUGAUGUUCGAGAGCGCUGAUAUCAGCAUGCUGAGGCUGCUGGAAACCUUUCUGAAGAGCGCACCUCAACUCGUUCUGCAGCUCAGCAUUAUGAUCCAGACCAGCCAAGUUCUGCCCUUGCAGGGUUUGUCUGCAUCAGCCUCUCUGGUGUCUCUGGGAUGGAUGAUGGCAUCUUAUCAGAAGGCAUUACGAGACUCUCGUGACGACAAGCUUCCCAUGUCAUAUAAAGCAGUGAUGGUGAACAUCCUUUGGCACUUGUUCACAGUGGGAGCGCGUGCCAUGGCCUUCGCUCUUUUUGCCUCCAUCUUCCAGCUCUACUUUGGCAUUUUCAUCGUGGCCCACUGGUGCGCCAUGACGUUCUGGAUUAUCCAGGGCGAGACUGACUUCUGCAUGUCUAAAUGGGAGGAAAUCAUCUACAACAUGAUGGUGGGCAUCGUGUACAUAUUCUGCUGGUUCAGCGUGCGUGAGGGUCCCACGCGAUGCCGUCUGCUCCUCUACAGCCUCAUAGUUCUGGUUGAGAAUGUGGCCCUUACUGCCAUUUGGUACAUAUACCGCAGUCCACGUACCUCGGACUUUUACGCCGUGGUGAUAGUUUGUGUGGUGUGUUGCAGCUACGCCCUGGGCACAUUUUUUAUGUUCGUCUAUUACUGCCUGUUGCACCCUGAUGGGCCUGUGUCUGGGACCUAUAUUGGAUGCUGCGGGGUACGGGUGAGUGCCGUUCCAGAUCCCUGCAUUUCAUCGCCCACUUCUGCCGCCGCUCCUUUGGAUGCGGUCAGCAGCCCUCCACGGACACUGCAGAGGACUAAAGGAGGCGAGGCGGUUGAUGGUGGGGAUGUGUUCAAAGUGCGGCCCGUUGCGAGCAUUCGAACCCCCGCACCUCGCCUCUCACCAAGGACAGAGGGGCCGGUAAUUCGCAUCGACUUGCCCAGGAAACAAUACCCAGCGUGGGACGCCCACUUCAUUGAUCGCAGACUGCGAAAGACCAUCUUGGUACUGGAAAGUGCGGCUCCGGUCACGCCAAGGAUCCAGUAUCGGUGUCUAGGCACACCCAAGGAAGUGAUGGAGUAUGAGACGACGGUCUGAAAAUUUGUUAGAUUAGCUGCUUAUCUGUGCAAAUAUAGGAUGUAGUACAUAAGUGUGCAAAGUCUGUCCUCUCCAGCAUUAUAAGGCGGAGACGCAGUGGAAGUUUGGUACUCUUUAUCAUCUGUGUAGGCACCUGACAUGAUACACUAGUGUCUAAACAAGGGCCACACUGGUAAAAUGAGACCACAGGUUAUUGGGUCAGAGCUUUAGGAAGUUAUGCAGGAUAAAGCUGAUUAUUUUAAGCAAAAAAGAAAACACCAGAAUUGAGAUAUAGGAGUAACAAGGUUACAAAACACCUAUCAAUGUAGUACAUCAACGGUGAUGGUGCUUAAACACAUCAUUAACACCAUUUCAAACCAUUCUGGAUGUUUUUAUUGAAACUUUUGGGGCCUGAACAGCAAUUACUGAAUCCAUUCGGUAGUAAUGUGCUCUGUUCCUCUGAGGUUGUGAUGUGUACAAGGCCUUAAUGAGUUUUAUCUUGGCCAUUCAACAUCUGAAAGGUGCAUUCCAGCCAUCUUUAGCAGCAGUUAGGUUUCAAACAUUGAACAAAUUGUGUCUGUGGUUCUUUCACAAAAAUAAAAUAAGCUCCUGAUAAUGUUUUCAGGCAUUGUUAAGCACAGAAUGUAAUGCCAUCAUGGACAGGUUUCAAUCACAAGAUUUCUAUUCUCCUUUAAAACUAUUCAUGUUUUUAAAAAGAAGCUCCUCACCAUCAAGGCCACUUUUAAGUAGACACAUUUCAAGGAUAAACAAGAAUCACUAAAUAAUGCUGUAUUUCAGUUUUGUACAUGUUACAUAGUAUCAUAAUGCUGAUAAUAGGUCUGAUGCUGAAAAGUGGGUGGGUGCAUCUACAAAUAGGAUUUCAUAAAUGUUUAUUUAAAUGUCAAAGAAUCCGGGUUAAGCUUAUUUAUUAAAUGCCUGUAAUUUGAAAGUGAGAAUGGUAUUACAACAGUAAGGGAUAUCCAUGUCUAAGCUAAUAAGUUUGUAUGUUGCUCAUUGUAUUGAUGUCACGGUUAAAAGGAAGAAAGUCAUAUAGCAUUAAGCAUUUGUUUACAUGUUUCCAAACACUUCUCUUUUUAUGAUUCAUUAAAAACUUAAUCAGCCUUAUGAAUAUGCCAUUUCAAGUAAUUUACAUUAUCUGGUGCAAUAAUACUCAUAAGUGUUUGAAUUGUGAAAUGUACAUUUAAAAUGCAUAUGAAGAAAUCUACACAGUAUGUUGUGUGUUUUUUUUCAUCUAGUAUUUCAUAUUCUGUUCUAGAUUUAUUUAACUUUUUUAGUUUUUAUUGUGGUGGUUGUUCUUUCUUUCUUUCUUUCUUUCUUUUCAUUGGUUUAAAACUCAAAUGACAGCUUUGUUGUAAACACACUAUAAUAUUUACUUAAAGGACAAGGUCGGUAUUUUACACUUAGCCCUGUUUUCAGAUUGUUUAUGAUGAAAUAGAACGGUUUUGACUGAAAUUUGGACAUAUGCUGCUGGCCCGAGAAUUUUCGGUUUCUGUUGUAUCACCCCCUCCCCACCACCACCCUCACAAUGGCUGGAUAGGUGCA